AUGCAGCCGGCGCAGUACUCGGCGGCACACUCGCGGUUCCCGACCGGGCUCCUGAGCUUUGAGGAGGGCGUCAUCGGCAUCAGCGGCCUCAAGAACCUCGGCAACACGUGCUACAUGAACUCAACGAUCCAGUGCCUGAGCGCUGCCGUCCCUUUUGCCCGCUACUUCACCGGUGGCACCUACCGCAAGGAUAUCAACGUCUACAACCCGCUCGGGACCAAGGGCGCGCUCGCCAACGCCGUCGCCGAGCUCAUUCGCGCCCUGUGGGCGCAGCAGUACCACUUCCUGUCGCCCGUCACGUUCCGCGAGAACAUAUGCCGCGUCGCGCCCCAGUUCCGAGGGUCCGAGCAACACGACGCGCAAGAGUUCCUCGGUUUCCUCCUCGAUGGCCUGCACGAGGACUGCAACUACGUCGUCAAGAAGCCGCCGCCGGUCGAGAUGACGCCUGAGCGCGAGCACGACCUCGAGACGCUGCCGCCGCAGGUCAUGAGUGACCGCGAGUGGCAGAUCUACAAGAUGCGCAACGACUCGUUCAUCGUCCAGUGCUUCCAGGGCCAGUUCCGCAACCAGCUGCGGUGCCUGACGUGCCAGAAGACCUCGACGACGUAUAACACGUUCAUGCCGCUCUCAGUGCCUAUUCCUGGCGGUCGAGGCGUCGGCAGGGUGUCGCUCUUGGCCUGUCUCGAGCAGUUUGUCAAGGACGAGGUGCUCGACGGCGACGACGCCUGGCACUGUCCUCGCUGCAAGAAGAACCGUCGGGCCGUCAAGAAGCUGUCCUUGUCCAAGCUGCCGCCGAUCCUCGUCAUCCACCUCAAGCGCUUCUCGUUCCACGGCCCUUUCAGCGACAAGAUCGAGACGCAGGUGCAGUACCCGCUCGCCGGCCUCGACCUCACCCACUUCGUCCCGCCGCCCAUGAUGGACCAGUCGGGCGCCUCGUCGAGCCCGCCCAAGGGCUACAGCUACGACCUGUUCGGCGUCACGAACCACUACGGCAACCUCAGCAGCGGCCACUACACGGCCUUUGUCCGCAGCGGCCGAGACUGGUUCAACAUUGGCGACUCGAAGGUGACGCCCGCCGACCCAGCUCACGUCCAGUCGGCCAAGUCCGCCUAUAUCCUCUACUACACGCUCCGCACCUGAACAUACCCAUCCCCUGCCCACCUCGCCCAUACCGCUCUCCUUGGCCGUAUCAUUGCCGCCGUCGUCGUCGUCCACCGUCGUCUCUUUCUCUCUCUUCUGUCUCGCCGUGCCUCGUUGUCUCUCCCUCGCACUUAGUUCCUUGCAGCGACUCUUGACCU